CUCCCAUCCUCCACCGAGUAUUUGUCUAAUCAAUAUCCGCUCUGAUCCGGAAAAGAAGCAUUAAAUACUCCUCCAAAAUGAUGAUUAACAGCAUCUUACUUGUCGGGAUGGUUGCAUUUCUAUCCACAACCCAAUCAAAUGCUUACAACUGUGACAUUGCCUUCCAGCCUAUUCCCAAUACCCCCAACGCAGUUGCGUGCCAAAGCGGCCUCGUGGCGCGUAAGUGUGAGCUGGACAAAUGUAUGACAAUCGGGCCGUACGGUCUCAAACCUCUAUCAUCUUGGAUAUUCUCAGGUUGUGUGUCCACCCCAGCAGGGUGGGUCAAAAACCAUGUCCGAGUCAAGGAAUUUACUGUCAAUAUUGCGCUUAAUAGAAUUGAGAUUCGGGGUCACAAGUUUUGGCCAGGGACCUUCGUCCCGGCCCUUGAUGCAGAGCCAUACCACUGCCCCAUGAGUAACGAAAACCUACGGAGGGCUACUUGCCCCGAUCAACACUGUGUCCCCCUCUAAUCAAUCUGACUUGAUUCAUGGCCGAAGAACCAGCCUUUUUUCUUUUUUCUUUGCUUUUUUCCUUUCCAUA